AAAUGCAAAUUGAUUCAAAAAGAACUAAAUCAGAAUCAGUUUCUCGAGAAAUUAAUCCUUUACAACUACCUAUCAAAUCAGAACUAUCUAUGUCAAAAACUAACCUUGCAUAUACAAAAAGUCUCCAAUAUAAGACUAUUACCAAAACUGACUCAAAGCCAACCCCAAUGGAAAUUAUCCCAAUACUAGAAGAGGAAACAAAAGCUAGAGCAGCCCAAACUAUGACCGUGGACCAAACUAAUACACUUCGGAAAAGAA